UUUUUAUUUUCAAUCUUCUUAACUCUCGGUUAAUCACUCUCCUAUUAUUAUUAACUUUUCUCUCCACAAGCUUCACUAACACAAACCCUAACUUCCUCCCCCAUUUGUUGCCGCCCCCCACCACCAUCUACCCUCAAACGGCCAUUACCAACACUGUCAAUAUCUUACUCUUAUCGUCUAGUUUCUUUCUAUUUGUUCAGUUUUUCAAAUUUUUUUUUGAAGUUGAUGUUGUAUCUCUGUCUCAAGAAACACAAUUUUCGGUCAUCUUUCGGUUCAUCCAUGGAGUUUAUGACCGGAUCUGUAAUCUUUUAUCAUGUUGAUGCGAGAUUCAGGAGGAGUGAUGAAUGAGUUGAAGUAGUUGAGUGACUUAUAUAGGGAAUGUAGUUUAAGAAGAAAGAACAACUAUCUCAUUGAAAUUUUUCAUAUUUUUCUCCUCAAAGGGUUGCUUUGAUGCUUUCCACUGUUUAGCAGGAUCUCUUAUGAAUUGGAGGGUGCUUGGAAAGCUUAUAUUAUGCAUCCAACUUGAGGCUCCAUUGUCAGGGUAUGCUCCUUCCUUCCUUUGCAGGAAUCCAAAUCCAAGGAAGUGCGUGACUGUGUGUUUUUGAGAGUGGUUAAAUUUUGGUAGAAUUAAGCAAUAAGUAGGUGAAGUGAAGUGAAGGUUUCCAUUCCAAUGGCUCAACGUUGUUGCAACUUUUACAUUUCAAUUUCAAGGCGGCUGAAUGCCCUUCCAAUUCUAAAACCUCCUCCUCCUCCCUCUCAGGCAUUCUAUCAAACACUUUCAAUACACUCUCAUUCAAACAAUCACUAUCCUCCUCCUCCUUAUCCUUUCCACUUCAACUUUGAUUUCAAUCACCCAACUCUAUUGAAAUUCAUCCAAUUCCUCAAAAACAACAACGACAAAAACGAUGAUGAUGAUGAUGUUCAUUUCCUUUCAUCACUGGAAGAACCAAAUGCAGAUUUAAUAUGUUCCGCAGCAAUUUGGGUUUUAAGGGAAGAUUGGAAACCUGCAUUGCGUGCCUUCAAAUUGAAUAGCCUCUAUAAUAACGAAAAAGCUUGCAACUUGAUGAUAUGGGUUUUGGGAACUCAUGCAAAAUUUUCCAUAGCAUGGUCCAUCAUUCGAGAUAUGCAUAACUCUUCUCUCUCUACUCAUCAGGCUAUGCUUAUUAUCAUUGACAGAUAUGCAUAUGCAAAUAACUCUGCUAAGGCUAUUGAAACAUUCAACUUUAUGAACAAGUUCAGAUUGACCCCUGAUCGGGAAGCAUUUCGUGCACUUUUGACUGCUCUUUGUAAAUAUGGUAACGUCGAAGAGGCUCAAGAGUUUAUGCUAGUCAACAACAAGUUCUUCCCACUUGAGAUCGAGAGCUUCAACAUUAUUCUUAAUGGAUGGUGUAACAUAACAGUUGAUGUAUAUGAAGCAAAAAGAGUUUGGAGAGACAUGUUAAAAUACUGUAUAACACCAGAUGCUACUUCGUAUAGCCACAUGAUUUCUUGCUUUUCGAAGGAAGGGAAUCUUUUUGACUCUCUUAGACUCUAUGAUCAGAUGAAAAAAAGGGAAUGGAUCCCUGGGAUAGAGAUCUACAAUUCCUUAGUGUAUGUUUUAACUCGUGAAAAUUGUCCCAAGGAAGCUCUCAAGACUAUAGAUAAAAUGAAGGAACAAGGUUUGCAGCCAGACUCUGACACAUUUAACUCCAUGAUCCGUCCUCUCUGUCAAGCUGGAAAACUAGCAGCGGCAAGAAUAGUGUUGAACACAAUGGUAGAGGAGAAUAUUAGUCCAACUGUUGAGACUUACCAUGCAUUCUUUGAAGGAACAGAUUAUCAUGGAACGUUAGAAUUUCUGAGUAAGAUGAAAGGUUCUGGUUUGGGUCCAAAUAAAGAUUCCUUUCUUAUAAAUCUGGUAAAGUUCUUAGAGUUGAAGCAACUUGUAAAUGCACUGAAAAUUUGGGCAGAAAUGAAGAAAUAUGAUGUGGAGCCCAGUUGUAUACAUUACAGAAAAAUGGUUAAAGGGCUUGUAACAUGCAGGUGGUUCAUAAAAGCCAAGGAUUUUUAUGAGGAGAUGAUCUCAAACGGAUGUUCAGAAGAUCCAAAGCUUAAUAAGCUCCUUCAGAAAGAAGUGCUUGAUAGUGGUGAUAAAAGAAAACAGAAUGUUAUAAAGGCUAUUAGUGAUAAAGUGUGAGAAUUCUGAAAAGCGAUAAGUUGAGAUGGCAAAAACAUUGAGAGCAGUGAAGAUAUAGAAAUCUCUUACUUGAAGCAGAGAAACAGAAGCUCCCGAUUUUUAUCUUGUGAUUCUGCAUUCUACCAUUGGGAAUGUUGAAGCAUUUGCAGUGCCAAUAUUGUUGACUAAAAGGUGAAUUUCUUGAGGUCACUUCAUAGUCCUGACAUGUAUUAAUCUGGCUGUUAGCCCUUUGACAACCUGCCUAAUUUUUGAAUUUUGCUACAAGAGAUGUAAUGAAGAAAUGAAAAAAAUAGUGACCCUCAUGUUAUCUGAUCUAUAAAUGAAUCCUUGAUAGUUUUGGUCGUUGCUGCAUGCUCUGGCCCUCAUACUUUGUUGUUUUGAUUGUCUUGUGGUUCAUCAUUGAACAAUAUACAAAGUACAUAUUUUUGUUGUCUUCCUGA